UUUUUUGGUGUUUAUCGACUAUUCGCUGCAUACCAUAUUGCGUGGGAUUCAAUUUCCUACCUGCAUUCAAUACCAGUGUGGCAUUUAGGUCUUCGUUGUCCGGAGUCCAAGUCAGUGCGUGACUGGCAUUGGCCUCGCAACUGGACCUUGAAGGCCCUUGUUCUCUUGAUACCCCCUUAUUCCUCAAAAAAUAAUUAUAUACCAGCAUGGCUACUCCUAUUGUGUCGACUCCCGUCAAGACCCAUCAUGGGAUCUUCUCCACUAAGACGGCCGGAGGCCGCAUGCCCCUCACGCCUUCGCCGCGCACCCACGCAGGAAGUGUGACGCCAAACAACUCGUCUCCAUUCACACCACCCUGUGGUGCCCAUGAAACCGGCAAAGAGCACGGCAAGUCCGUCUACGGUGGUAAUCUCUCUUCAUAUUUCGCCAAGCCCGUCUCGAGGACAACCCGCACCUACCGUGAAUCCCCCAAGUCCAACAUCGCCCGCGCUCGCACCCGCAAGUCACCCAGACAUCUUGAACUGGGCGUAUCCGAAUGGGCCCUGACGGGUACCGGUCCUUCGUCACAGACUCCAUCUAAGGAGCGGCUACGGAAAGAGGUGGUUAAGAAGGAGGUGGCUAGGGAGGUGACUAAGAAAGAGGUGACCCGAAAAGAAGUACCCAGGAAGGAGGUGACCCGGAAAGAGGCUCCCAAGAAAGAGGUCUCGAGGAAGGAGGCGCCCAGGAAAGAAAUUACCACUCGUACUACGAGGUCGGGAAAGACAACCGUUCGCAUUCCACACACCGCCGGUGACAGAUUCAUUCCGAACCGUACUGCCAGCGAGGGCCUUGUGACAGCAGGCACUGCCAAGCCAGAGGAGAGCCAGCGGCCAAAGACCAGCAGCAAUGAUGGAUCCUCUGUCCUGGCAAGUGCUGCCAGUGCUUUUGACAUUGGCGGCCGCGGAACCGAGGAAGACAUCACUGCAGCUCUCGAAAGUCUUGGACUUGAGGACAGUGAGACAACGACAUCAUACACCAAGCCAGCACCGGACGCUGUGGCGUAUGAGUCCUCGUUGGCUGAUGCUUGUGGUGUCAACCUAAACACUCGCAUUCUAGCCUUCAAGCCACCACCCCCAGAGUCGUCCAAGCCAAUUGACCUGCGUGCCCAGUACAACCGUCCCCUGAAGUCCGCCAAGUCUCAGUCUGCUCAGUUCCGCCGGAGAGUUCAAACGGCUCCGGAGCGUGUUCUGGAUGCUCCAGGACUUCUCGAUGAUUACUACCUCAACCUGCUGGAUUGGAGCUCUGGAAACCAGGUUGCCAUUGGUUUGGAGCGCAAUGUUUACGUAUGGUCGGCUGAGUCGGGAUCGGUCAGCUGCUUGUUGGAGACCUCACCUGACACGUACGUGAGCAGUGUCAAGUGGAGUGGUGAUGGCGCGUAUGUCGGUGUCGGUCUGGGAACCGGUGAAGUUCAAAUCUGGGAUGUCGAGGAGGGAACCAAGCUCCGCAGUAUGUUUGGUCACGACUCGCGGGUGGGUGUCAUGGGCUGGUCCAAGCACACUUUGUCCACUGGUGCCCGCAGCGGUCUGGUUUUCAACCACGACGUCCGUAUCGCACAGCACAAGACUGCCGAGCUGGUCUCGCACACGUCUGAAGUCUGUGGUCUAGAGUGGAGGCCCGACGGUGCUCAGCUCGCGACCGGCGGUAACGACAACCUGGUUAACAUCUGGGAUGCCCGGUCCCUCAGCGCGCCCAAGUUCACCAAGACCAACCACCGCGCCGCUGUCAAGGCUCUCAGUUGGUGUCCCUGGCAGCUGAACCUGCUUGCUACCGGUGGAGGUUCAUACGACCGUCACAUCCAUUUCUGGAACACUACUACCGGUGCUCGUACAAACAGCAUCGACACCGGCUCCCAGGUCACCAGCUUGAGAUGGAGCAACCACUACCGCGAGAUUGUCAGCUCAAGUGGCUUCCCCGAUAACUCACUGAGCAUCUGGAGCUACCCCACUCUGGUCCGAAACGUUGAGAUUCCGGCCCAUGAGACUCGUGUCCUGCACAGCUGCCUCAGCCCAGAUGGUCAGCUCCUGGCCACCGCAGCCGCUGACGAGAGCUUGAAGUUCUGGAAGAUCUUCGAGCGCAAGCCCGGAACGAGCGCUUCCGCCUCUCGGGAGGGUGGUGUUGGCAGCAAGGCUGAGAUGACCAAGUCUAUGACCAUUCGGUAGAUGGGUCGGUCGCCUUCGUCCUCUUCUUCUUAUGUUUCUUUCUUUUCGAUGGUCAUGAUAUAUGUCCAUAUUUUGGGUUCGAUAUCGUGGACCGGGUUUGUCUAGAUAUCAUUGGUUCUAUCGGUGUUCAGUACAUUGGGGAAAGGUUCGGGUCAUGGGGUGGAGUUCAUCGGUAACCGGCGUCUGUAUCUAGGUUCAACCGUAUAAUAGCUACUCUUGUAUAGAAAGUCGCGUUGUAUCAUCACUGCUCGUUUCAUGCCUUACAAACCCGAAUCUGGGUUCUGCGUUAAGGUAUGAACACAAAGCUGUCAGCCACA